AUGCCUUGUAACAUAGCUAUGAAGACACUAGGUAUUUGGCUGUUUAUUGUUUGCACUGCUGCUCUCCAGAGGGAAGAAACGUUCUUCCCAAACUUGGGAGUCUUUCAAGAUGUGAGCAUUAAUCCUGUGGGGUACGGACCAAAGACUCGGACCCUCCCUCUAUACGUGCAGCAGCUGUACGAACAGAUAGAACAAAAUGAGGAUGACCUACGUAUGUAUCCAGACCGUGACCCUAGGGUGCAAUUCUACAGCGCAAUAAGGACUGGGAAGUCCGAUGGUGUUGUUGAAUUUGACCUGAACGCAGUACCUGUUCAUGGUGACGUGACCAGGGUAGAAGUUGCUUUCACAGAACACAUCCGUCAAUUGCCUUCCCUAAAAGUUACAUCACAGUAUAAGCCAGGAAUUGUUGUGAAUACCAUUCACAAAAAACAAUGUCACGUGGCUGACAUAACCAACCUCAUUAUGGAUCAGAUGUCAAAUACAACCCUUAGGCUGCAUGUCAAUGGUGCAGAAGGCCAGGUACAAUAUCUAAACUCAACUUUGGCAGUUUUCCUAGAUUUAAAAAUUUCCUAUUUGCGGAUGCGACGGAAGCGAUUUGUCUUCAAUCUGCCCAAAAACAAGGAUGACUGUAGCUUGAAGCCUUGGACAGUGAACUUCAAGGACCUACAUUGGUAUCCAAAAUUGUUUCAGUUCCCUGAAACCUACCAAGCAAAUGUCUGUGUUGGAAAUUGUCAUUCUCCUCUAUUGAAUGCGUAUGUCAACACCACUAAUCAUAGCCUGCUGAAGUCCCUCUUGAAUAAAAGAAUUUGCUGUGUCCCAAUAGAAUAUCAGUCACAGGCUCUGAUAUUCCAAACAAAAAACGCUACCGUCAUACACAGCGUGAAAGGGAUGAGAGUAACGCGCUGUGGGUGUCGCUGAAUAUUUACUUUCACACACUUCAAAUUUCAAGCAGUCGAAUUCAGACAAUUGGCUAUACUUUAAUUAAAAGUUAAUUUGUUUUUAAAAGAU